AUGACGCGGUUGAAUAAGCUCGUUAGCGCCCAGCGCCAUUAUCUUCCCGCGUUAUCUCGGAUACUUCAACCUAGACUACCGAGUAUGAUCAGCGUGACGUGCGUCUCGUCGUCGCUACCGCGUCAGCGCGUGGAAAAAUGCCUUCGGGCGUUCUUCCCACGACUCGUCCCGUUGCUUAUCGCCGUGCACGCCUGCUUAGUGAUCGCUCCUCCCGCGACCGCCGGGUACCACGUCUCUCCGCGAAAGACGGACGAGGAAUUGACAGGUGGCGUGCAAGCAUCAUCGUGGAGCCACGUCUCGGGUGUCGGUUCAAUUGUCGGUUCCUCUACCAGCACAGCAGACAUCCAUCUGGCUCCCUCGCAGCUGAGAGCGCUGGUAGCGCUGAACCGCUUGUGGAAGGCGUGGACUGGCAAUGGCGCCAUGACGCCUGCUUGCGCGCAGUGGACGGGCGUCACGUGCGACGCGCAAGGCCGAGUCACUGCUCUGUCUGUGGCCGGUGUGGGUGUAUCAAGCGUCAUUCCCGCUGACAUUCGCAUGCUCACUGCCCUGCAGCAAUUGGAUUUGUCGUACAACUAUUUCAGCAAAGCCCUGCCGCUGGAUGCAUUCGCUCAGCUCAAGCAGCUUAAAGCCCUGAACCUCUCAUACAACAUGGAUCUGACAGGGUCCAUCAACAUACUCACAUCGCUACCACUGCUGCAACAAGUCGACCUGUCCAACACCCAGAUCAGUGGAUCCAUCCCUUCUGCCAUCUCCUCCCUCUCGCACCUCCGCCACUUGGACCUGACUCUCACGCAGGUGUCAGGGAGCCUCCCAGCCACCAUGAGUCAACUCUCCGCUCUUUCCUACCUGUCGCUACGGCAGGUGUACAACCUCAAGGGAGCCAUGUCGCAGUACACGUGGCUCUCCCUCCUCACCAACCUGCACUCGCUGGACAUCACCGGUGCGCACAAAAUCUCUGGGGAACUCUCCUCCAUCUCCCUCUUCUCCUCCCUCCGCUCUCUGCGCCGCCUCACAUUCAGCGACAUGCACAUGUGGGGCGAGCUGCCUGUCUCCCUCGCACUCCUUCAGAACCUCACCUACCUGGACUUGUCUUAUCUUCGUUUUAAGCAGCUCCCUUUCUGGCUCACAGCGCUCUCCGAGUUGCGAUACCUGGACGUGACGCACGAGGCCAACCUGCGCACAGGGGCUGUUCCACAGGACCUGUCACUGCUCUCCCAUCUGGAAUUCUUCAAGGCCAACGGCAACGGGCUGGUGGGCUUCCUGCCUGAGUCAUGGGGCUCCCUCACCAACCUCACCACGCUGUCGCUCGAGUACAACCAUCUGGUGGGCUCCAUCCCGCGCCACUUCUCCUCCCUCCGCUCACUCAAGACACUCAACCUCGGCCUGAAUCAGCUUUCAGGAUCGCUGCCCAAUGUCUUCAGCCCUACCCUCGAGUCACUGCAGCUGGGCGGCAACAGGUUCCAGGGCAGCAUUCCGUCCUUCCUGGGAUCCCUCACCCUGCUCACCAACCUUGAGCUGAGGACCAACGGCUUCACGGGAGCCAUUCCCGCUCAAUUCACAGCACUCACUGGCCUCACCGAACUCUUUCUCAUGGGCAACUUCCUCUCCUCCGGUGUGGAGGUGAUCAGCCACAUGGACUGGCUCUACAUGCUGGACCUGACCAACAACAGCUUCUCGGGUUCUCUCCCUGCCUCCUUCUCCCGUCUCACCAGUCUCGAUGCCCUCAACCUUGCGUAUAACAACUUCGGAGGAACCUUCCCGUCUGUUCUUUUGACCCUCACCCAGCUUGGUCUCAUGGACCUCUCUUACAACAACUUUGAAGGAUCCCUCCCAACCGAGCUCACCUCCUUCAAAAACCUCAUAUACCUGUACAUGGAUGGCAACCACAUGGUGGGGGAGAUCCCUCCCGGCCUCUUCCUCUCACCCAACAUCAACGACCUAUCCUUCGCACACAACAAUCUUCAGGGCUCGCUUCCUCCCCACCUCAGCACGAGCACCUCUCUUUCCAUGCUCAAGCUGGAGGGCAAUAGCCUGUCGGGGCCGCUUCCAGACUUCAACGCCUGGCGCAACACCACGCUCAAUGCCCUCUACCUUGGUUUCAACAACCUCACGGGUCCCAUACCCGAUUCCAUCAGUGUCCUCACCUCCCUCUACACCCUCACUCUGCAGGGCAAUCAGCUAUCGGGCUCCCUCCCCUCAGGCCUUGGAGCUGUCAACAAGCUCAACGUGCUGUGGAUGGCAGACAACGCUCUCUCGGGCCCACUCCCCGAGUUCCUGGGGCAACUCAAUGCCACCGUUCAGCUCCUGUUGGACGGCAAUGCGUUCGAGGGGCAGCUGCCCGCAGCCAUCUGCAACCUCACGGCGCUAGAGGCCAUUGGGUUGAGCAACAAUCGUCUCUACGGCAGCUUCCCCACCUGCCUCUUCAACUUCCCUGCUCUCAACUAUGUCGACAUGAGCAACAACUCGUUCUACGGCCCAAUCAACAUGGACUUUGUCGGCAUGGUCGCCAAGCCCACCAGCGGCUUCACCAAGCCGGCAGUCAUCAACCUCGCCCACAACUACUUCUACGGCGACCCUGUCGUGUACGCCGGGGGCUUCAAGGCCUGCCCCACCCCGCACAUCACCCGAAUCAACAUGUCGGAUCUUAAUAGUCUAGGGGAUAGCGCCGGGGGGAGCAAGCGCAGCGACUCCCAGUCAAUGAAAGAGGCUGUGCAGUGUUUUCAGGCGUACGCGACUGUGCAGGCGAGCUAUAAGGGGAACUGCCUGUCGGUGAACAGGCAGGUUAAGUGCUCUGUGACGGAGGUGCAGAGGGAUGCAGAGGAGUGCGCGGCGUUCUGCAGUGUGACGGACCUGGGCCCGUGCAAUGGGAGGGGGGCGUGUGUGCCGCCUGCUCAGGGGGACACUGGCGGCGCGUUCAGGUGCUCGUGUGAGGCGCCCUACGUCACUGUCACCGUUGACAACGGCUCCACAUGCGCGUUCCCCACUGAGACAACCAAGUCCUCCAUCCCUACGAUAGGCAUCGUGGGUCUCAGCUGCCUUUUGGGAAUCGCUCUGCUGGCGUCCGUGCUCUGCCUGCUGCUGCGCCCCAAAAAGAAGAAGCGGUGGAGCGAUCUGGACGUGUGUCAGCAGUUCUCCAUCGCCACGAUGCGCAAGGCCACCAACGACUGGGCUGAGGAGAACGUGCUGGGCGAGGGGGGCUUUGCUGUCGUGUACAAGGGAGUUAACCCCACCACGGGCCAGCUCUGGGCCGUCAAGAGAAUCACUCUCAUGUCCAAUGACUUUGAAACGGAGGUGCGCGCGAUGGCGAGUCUGCAUCACGCCAACCUGGUGCGGCUGCUGGGGUUCUGUCACGACAUGGACAUGGAGAGUGGCAAGCAGGAGCAGAUCCUCGUGUACGAGUUCGUGGAGCAUGGCGACCUCUCCUUUCAUCUCUUCAAGACACAGAAGCCGCUGACGCUGAGGCAGCGGUUGAAGCUGGCGGUGGGGGCAGCGGAGGGGUUGGCGUAUCUGCACGGCUUUGAGAAUCCCAUCAUUCACCGCGACAUCAAGCCCGCCAACAUCCUCGUCGGGGACAACCUCACUGCCAAGGUAGCGGACUUUGGGCUGCUGAGAAAGCUCAAGUUCGGGGAGGGCGAGGGGCGGGCGACCAAGGUGGCGGGCACGCCGGGGUACGUGGACCCGGACUACAAUCGCACGGAGCUGGUUACCACCAAGAGCGACGUCUACAGCUUCGGCGUCGUGCUGCUGGAAAUGCUCAGCGGGCGAAGGGUCACUGUGGAGGGCAACACGCACAUCGGCAAAUGGGCGACCGCGCUGGUGCAGAGCUACUCGCUCGACGAGCUCAAGGACCGUCGGAUGGAGGCGUCAGAGGACGCCGUCGUCGAACUCGCAGAUCUGGCCCUUGAUUGCAUCAAGAUGCCCGGGAUCCGACGGCCGGAAAUGAAGGACGUGCUGAGACGGCUAGACGCGAUGCUGACAGCUCACACGGUGGAGGAGGAAGACGAGAACGUGGUUGGCGAUCUCUUCUCAGCGUUCUCCGUCGGUUCGGUUGGGGAGGCUGGUUCGGUAGGCAUUGGCGGUUCGGCAGGCACGUUUGGUUCCACGACCACGGGAGCUUCGGCGACCACGAUUGGUUCGGCAGGCGUGCCUGUGUCUGGGACUAAUGCUGCAGGCGCGCCGAGCCAACGGGAUGAGCGGUACAGUGAAAUCGUCGCGGAGAGGGAGGAUGGGUUUCAACGGCAUUCCGUGGAGAGCGAAUCGCAGAGCUACAUCAGCCAACGCACCCAAUCAGCUUACAUCACGUACGUCAAGCGUGCAUUCUCCUCCCUCCUCUCUCUCCCAAUCAAUCCUCCCAAUCAGCAAUCUCCCCUGGGCCCUUUCUCGCCGCAACCAAUUCUCACCCAUCCGUUGCUGCAGGAUUGUACGGAAGGGUCAGGCGCGCUCUUCAAUGCCACGUGGGAGCAGGGCGCGCUGACACGUGGCACAGUGCGGUGGACGCCUGCAAGCAACCGGUUCCUGCUGGCUCACUGCGUGCGGGGGCAGGUCACCAAUCGUCUCCUCUGCCUGCGCAACCACAUGCUCCUCGCAGGCCUGCUCAACCGCACCCUCAUUAUCCCUUUCCACCGCUCUGAAACCAUCCUCAACUACGACCUGCACUUGGUGCUCGACCUCGCGUAUCUCAGGUCCUGCAUCGGCCCCACUGUCUUCACCACUGCUGAGUUCAGGAGAAAAUUCAGGCAGCCCGUUCAGGUGUCUCAGGUGGUGUGCUGGCACGGCCCCCCUGGGGCGUGUGUGGAUCAGAUUGAUAACAUUCUGCUGCACUGCCCUGGCCUUGACGAUAUGAGGCGCAGUGACGGGAGUGGGAGCGGUGGGAAUAAUGACAUGGCUGCUGGUGAUGCUGCUGGUGCUGCUUCUGGUGGUGAUGGUGGUGGGUUGGCAGGGGAUGGUGGGAGCGGCAUGGUGGCAGGCACACCCGGGGUUGUGUUUGACACACGGGUGCCAGUCUCCCACUCGCUCUUCCGCAGCCCCCUCGUGCACCUGCCCCCCAACACCACCACCCACGCUGCCUGCCUGCCCAUGCUCGCGUCUCAAGAACAGGUUAGUGCUUUCCUGCACUCGCCCGCAUCCCCAUACGUGCCUGGUUCACAUGCUCGCCUGCCCUUCCCUUCCACAUGCAUAUCAUGCUCCUCCCUCACUCCUCCCAACUCACUGCUCCUUCUCACGCCUCCUGCUCACCCCUCCCUCCCACUGCUCCCUGUCGUCCUGCACUGA